AUGAGUGAGGAGCUUUCAGAAACGAAAAGAAAGUCUCGUAAUCUCAGCGAGAAGCGACGCAGGGACAGUUUUAACGUGAUAGUUUCCGAAUUGGCGGCUGCCGUUGUUCCCGCAGACCGAAAGCUUGACAAAUCAAACGUUCUUAAACACACUAUCACGUUUCUGCGAAAACAUAACGAAAAUAUUUCCAGUACUGACCAAGAUUUGCACAAGCCCUCAGCAGGAAAGGAGCACCUCAGCAACGACGAGAUAUGCACUUAUUUGCAGCGAACGAUCAACGCUUAUUUGUUGGUCAUCUCCAGCAGUGGUGGCAUCGUGUACGCUUCCGGUGACUUUAUUGAAAAUUUCAAGUGCAGCGAGGUGUGGUUUGCCCUUAAAUGAUG